GCCCCGGCGCCGCCGCCAGCCGGCGGGCGCUGCGGACGCGCGGCAGCCCUGCUGCUGACCCUCGUGGUGGCGGCCAAGGCCGCCGACGCCGACCACGAGGCCGAGUACGUGUACUACGACGACAUGUCGGACGUGGACAUGAAGGCGUUCUGGCUCGACGGCACUUUGGCCCCCUCCUCGCGCGUGGACGCGCUGCCGAUCGGAGCGCGCCCAGCAGGCGAGCACGCGGCUCCCGCGGGAG